UGGAUUUGAAAAAUCCCGUUUGUGUCAAAUGGUGUAUGAAGGGUUAGAUCUAACUCUAGAACUAUGCUUGAAUCUAUGUGUCAGGGGAAUUUCUUGGGUAAAACUAUUGAUGAAGCAUGGGAAUUUUAGAAGAUUUAGCUGAUAAGACUUUGCAAUGGGAGACCACUAGAGCUGAUAGUAGUAGCCUUCCUGCCAAGAUUUCUAGUGCUAAAGGUGGUUUGUAUAAUGUCUCAGAUAACACGUAUCUUGAGUCUAGUCUCACUUUGUUAGAAAAUCAGUUAAAAGGGUUAUCUGUCCCACAAUCCCAAGCUCACCAAAUUGCAUCUUUGUCCUGUACUCAUUGCCAUGGUUUAGAUCAUAUUUCAAAUGCUUGCCCAUACAUUGCUCCACAAAGUUAUAAUAAUAUAGAACAAGCUAAUAUGGCCUUCCAACGACCUAGGAAUGACCCAUACUUUAAUACCUAUAAUCCAGGUUGGCGUAAUCACCCUAACUUCUCUUGGAGUCAAGGUCAACACUUAGGAGGCUCUAGUAGUCAAGUGGGAAAUUAUACAAACAGUUCAAUGCCUCAAUCUUCUAUGUUUCCAAAUCAGAAUUUUCAAGGUAAUCCAAGGCCACCAAUUUCCCAAACACAACCUCCUCCUGGAUAUUCUGAAACUGAUAAGAAGAUAAGUAGUUUAGAAAGAACUCUUAAAACAUUAACGGACACUGUUGCUCAGUUAGUUUCUCAGAACAGAGAGAAAGGAACAUUCCCUAGUCAACCUGAAAUUAAUCCUAGGAAUAUGAAUUCUAAUUCACAAGUUCAAAAUGAUAAUUUGAAAAGAGUUAAUGAAUUCUGUGAUUUCUUUACGAUCAGGUAAACAAGUUGAUAAUAACAUAGGUGACAUAUCUGAUGAUGCUCUUAAUCCUUCUUCUUCUACUUCUAUACCUAGUUUGCCUUCCAUAACUAGUGAGAAAAAGAGUAACAGUGAACCUGCCACUGACAAUUCAGAAAAAUCUAGUAAAAAGA